UCAGUUGCAACAUCUGGCUUCUUCCAUUCAAAUAAAUACUGUGAACGAUAUGUCAUAUGUAAUCAUCUUUAAAUGGUAUGGGUAAUUAGCAGACAGAUGCAAGUUUAAUAUAUACAAAUUUGGUUGGUCUAGUCCAAAUAGUCUGAGUAACUGAGAGAAAUGCAAAAAGUGUUGCACUCGUCCCCAGUCUCCCCUAGUUGCGGUCGAAGCUAUGCUAGCUAGUACCUGCAAACUUGUAAAAGGAUUUGUUAAGGAUUUUGUAAAACUGUGUCCCCACCAAUGUUCAAACCAAACCUACGCCCUUGGAUUUAGUACACCAAGUUACCCAUCUAAGAUCUUGGAAACUGUAGUGGAAGGAAAGCUGUGCCUCGUGACACCGUAACUACGGAGAGGGAGGAGCUUCUUCUGCUGCUGCCGAUUGGUUCAUCUCCACCCUUUACUAGAACAUGAAAGUGAAAGUGUGUUCAAUAAAACUGGUCAAGGCUCAUUAUUGUUAAAGCAGUGAUGCUGAAUUUAUGAUUGUACAUCUGGUAUUAAAUGCUGUAUGACACCGUGUAUUGAGUUUGUUUGUGGAUAUCUUGCGUUUGGUAGGCUACCUGUCUUAUUUGCCGUUUAUUGAAGUUGACAACGUUGGAAGCGGUGAAGGGAAGCUAGACAUGGAGAAGUUCUACGCAUUGGUAACAGGCAACACUUUGGAUUCUCAUGAGGACAUAAUCAGACAUGUAAAUAACAGCGGUUUAACUAAAGUGACGUCGCCACAGGAGAGUGAUGUCAUCAUAGCUUUCUGUCCCAUUGUCAGUCGUGUUGGGACUGAUAUUGAAGAUGCCCUUACAAAGAUCCCUGAAGGUAAACCUGUCAUCCUGGUGGUGCUUCAUCACACUUUCAAAACAGACUACACUUCCCAAAACAGCAGCAGAUAUGUGACCAGGCGUGAUGUCAUCUUAACGGUGGACUGUCUGUUUCAUGACUCUGUUAAGGGCAUACUGAAAUGUCCUCAAAAUGACGCAGCUGUCAAGGAGAUUCUCAGGAAGCUGCCACCUGCAGUCAAGACAGAGAGAGAACACAAGACGGAGAAAAAAGGAUCACAAGACAGAAACACUCAACAAGAAGAAACAAACAAACAGCAACAUAGAGACAGCCUGAAGAAACCAGACAGGGAGAAGUAUACCAGUGAAUCCAACCUGAUGAAGGGAGACACACUGAGGAGAAUAAAUGAACGACUUCCCAAGAUCAAAUCCUUAAUAGAAAAUGCCGGAGGCAGGAUGGGUUUCUUGACAUUUGGAGCAGAUCCAAAACAACUACUGGAAGAUUGUAAGAGACAGGUGGAGGCUCUAACAAAGGACUUGCAGGAACAUAACCUAAAAGAGAACCAACUGAAGGAAAGAUACCAGGGGAAUGACUUGAAUCAGAGACAAGAAGAGUUGGUCAACAAAUCGAUGUUACAAGAUAAACAACUGGAAGUUAAGAAUCAAACACUUCUCAGCAGAGAACUGGAACAACUAAAGGACGUAGUGCGAGUUCAGACAGAAAAAUUAAAUGAAUGUAACAAACAACUAGAUGCUAAAAACUCAGACCUGGAAAAAAUGAGGCAACAAAUGAAAGAGAGGGACCAACAACUGAAGGGCCUCCAGGAUGAACUAUUGAAGGAAAGAAAAAACAAAAUUAAAUGCGAGGAAUGGCAAGUGGUGAAUUAUCCAUCAAGAAAUGUGGAACUUGCACAACACCUGGAGGAUCUGACGAAAGACCUUCGAAAAAGUGAGGCCUCUGCCAAGGACAAUGCACAGCAACUGACUGAUCUAAGAAACAAGACAGUCAGAUUGGUGUGUGAGUUUUUGGUCCGGAGUCACGAUGAGGAGGAGAGACCGGUGGAGAACGCUGCCAGUGAGGUGGAGAAGAGACGGCUGGAGCCUCAGAGGGAGAACCAGGAGAAGAAGAACAAGCAGCCAGCGGGGGAGAAUCAGGAGAAGAAGAACAAGCAGCCUGCGGGGGAGAACCAGGAGAAGAAGAACAAGCAGCUACAGAACCUCCAUGUCCCGCUGCAGGAGGAAGAGUCUGAACGGGAGGCGAGAGACCGUAGACUGAGAGAGAAGGAUGAAGAGCUAAAAGACAGCAACAGACUGGAGAAAUAUGAAGGGAGCAUGGAGAGGUGUUACACAUUUGUAACAGGGCGCACUUCGGGAUCUCACAAGGACUUAAUGAGUCAACUAACGAAGGAAGGAAUAACUGAAGUUUUGACACAAAAGGAGUGUGAUGUCAUCAUAGCUUUCUGUCCCACUGUCCCAAUUCGUGCUGAGUCUGAUAUGAAAGAGGCAUGUAAAAAGAUCCCUGAAGGUAAACCUGUCAUCCUGGUCGUGCUGCACCACACCUUCAACACAGACUACACUAUACCUGACACCCGCAGACAUGUGACCAGAAGUGAUGUCAUCCUCACAGUGAACUGUCUGUUUAGUGAGGAAGGACUACUGAAAUGUCCUCACAAUGAAGCAGCUGUCAAACAUAUCCUCAAGAGGCUGGCACCUACUGGUAUACUAGGAAUUAAAGAGAAGAGGCAGCAAAACAUGUCUGACAGCCCGCCACUGAAGAGACAGAACACCUCAGAGGACUCGGGUUGCCGUGCUGGAGGACUGGCUGGUUCCAACAGGAAGUCAGAGGACUCUGGCUUCAGUGCUGAAGGACUGGCUAGUCCGAACAGGAAGUCAGAGGACUCUGGUUUCAGGGCUGGAGGACUGGCUGGUUCCAACAGGAAGUCAGAGGACUCUGGCUUCAGUGCUGAAGGACUGGCUGGUCCGAACAGGAAGUCAGAGGACUCUGGCUUCAGUGCUGAAGGACUGGCUGGUCCGAACAGGAAGUCAGAGGACUCUGGUUUCAGGGCUGGAGGACUGGCUGGUCUGAACAGGAAGUCAGAGGACUCUGGUUUCAGGGCUGGAGGACUGGCUGGUCUGAACAGGAAGUCAGAGGACUCUGGUUUCAGGGCUGGAGGACUGGCUGGUUCCAACAGGAAGUCAGAGGACUCUGGCUUCAGUGCUGAAGGACUGGCUGGUCUGAACAGGAAGUCAGAGGACUCUGGUUUCAGGGCUGGAGGACUGGCUGGUCUGAACAGGAAGUCAGAGGACUCUGGUUUCAGGGCUGGAGGACUGGCUGGUCUGAACAGGAAGUCAGAGGACUCUGGUUUCAGGGCUGGAGGACUGGCUGGUUCCAACAUGAAGUCAGAGGACUCUGGUUUCAGGGCUGGAGGACUGGGUGGUCUGAACAGGAAGUAAGAGGACUUCUAAUAGAUAGAUAUAACAGGGGUGUUAGGUUGAAUAAAGAGGGACUUAACAUUCACACAUUAUUCACAAAAAAUGGGAAGAUUGAACUCAGACAGUAAACCAAUUUGAGACAUAAUUAAACUUGCAUAUAAACUUAAGAAACUCCUUUUUAUUCCUCUUCAUUUUCUGUGUAAUACAUAAUUAUGGUUAAUUUGUUUCAAUACAUUUCCAGGAAACACCUAGAGUUAACUUUUUCAGUUUUGUGUUCUACACAUCCUUUUUGUUUAGUCAUUUCUGGUUUACAAAAAUAUGUAUAAUUAUGCAUUUGUAUUGUCUGUAACUCCAACCCCCAUAUUUGAAUACUUCAUGUACCAUAAGAUACACUUCUUGUCCUCCUAGAACCUGCUAUAGUAGCCUGUGAGAAUUCAGAGACAAAUAAAACUGGUUCAUAUCUUUCUCCACAAGAUGGCAGGAAAGACCUGGUAAUCUGGUUCCCAUCAAAAGAGGAGUCUUACAGUAAUAAUAGCAAGAAUGUAAAAAUAAGUUUGAACAUGAUUAUAGUAUACCUAUGCUGUGCAUGUGCAAGUUAUGUGUUUUUUUCCUCAUUUGAAAGGAAGGGUCUGCCUUUUUUCAAGAGUAUUCUGCACGAAAAUAAUUGAUAUAGUAAGCAUUACAUUUUAUAAUUAUUUGAAAAGAUCACUGCCUUAAAACAUGAAUGUUGUUUUUACAUAUUAAAAUAAAAUUUAGAUUUAUAGUGA